GCGGCGGAUGCAGCCGCUGCGGCGCCAGCGUCGACGUGGCCAGCCCGGCGGCUGCCGUCGGCGCGAUCGGCGGACGCCCCGGAGGAUGACGACGAGACGGUGGCCAAGCUCGUGGGGAAUUACGCGUGCCCGGUCAAGAACCGAGCGGGGUACACGAGGAGCGACACGGAGACCCUGCUACAGGUGUGCGCCAUCAACGCGGCGCAGCUCGUCGCCGCCGUCCUGGCCUUCCUGGCGCUGGCCGUCGGCUCCAAGGGCUGCUUCCGCUCGCUGGCGCCGGCGUACACACCCGAGGAGGGCAGCCUUUCGGCGCAGGGGGGGGCCGAGGCCCCCGCGGACUGGACGGGGCGGCUCUCCGCGCUGGCGCGGGGCGCCAGCGCCAGCGACGAGUCGCUGCCGCUGGACGCGCGGGUGCUGCUGCGCUUCUCGGGGAACAAACGAGGCGUGCUUAGCGUGCUUGGCAUCGCUCGGACGCGUGCGUUCUUUCUCGGCGAGGAUCGCGCGGCCUGCUGGGAUCGGCGCGGGACCCCGCUCCCUGGCGCAUGGCGCGCACCAGGGGCGGCGCAGGCCGCGCCGCCAGGGGAUCCGCGCGCAGCUCCGAGAGGUUGUUUGUGCUCAUGCGGUUUUUUUUUGUUCCCCCGGCUUCUGCCGGCUGGGCCUGCGCUUCUGCCUGUUCUGCUCGCUGCUGGGCCUCGUGCUGGUCCCGAUGUACGCGGGCAGCGGGCGCCCCGCGACGGGCGGCGGCUUCGACUUCAGCCUCCUCGUCGGGAACGUGGCCUACAGCCGCCUCGUCUCCGACAGCUCGCUCCUCGCGGCCUUCAUGGCCGCGGUCCAGGGCGCGCUCGAGAGCGAGUGGCGCGGCGGCGGCGUCUCGCUGAGCUUGGCCUCUCCGGCCUCGGACGACUCCGUCGUCGUCUGGGUGACGGCCUCGCCCGCUGACGGCGCCGCCGGGGCGAUGCAGGCGCUCGCCGCAGACACGGGCGAGCUGGGCCUCGCCGUGGCGCGCCGCGUCUCCAAGGUGCCCGGGAUCGCAGAGAGCGGCAGGGACGUGAGCGCAGCGAUCGCCAAGGAGAGCUUGCGAGUCGCCUCAGGCUCGUCGAGCUUUUUCGGCAGCACGGUGUCCAACCUCGGCAUGGGGGACGGUUGGCAGCUGUGGGCGGUGGUCCUGGCGGCCUACGUGGUCGCGCUGGCGUUCUUCGCUCUAGUGCGCGCCGAGUGGUCCGAUUUCGCGCAGAUGCGGCGCGAGCGCUUCUCGGCGGCCGCGCUGGGCGACCUGGACGUGGCCGCCGCCCAGGCGCAGUACUCGGUGAUGGUGGAGAGGGUGCCGCCCACGGUGCGCGGAGCGAGGAGGCUCUGCGCCGCGCGUUCGCCGAGCUGUCCCUGA